AUGGUAGAACUGCAUAAUGUGAAGAAAACUUAUAAAAUUUUAGGUAACUGUGUCAACAGUUUGUUGGAUUUGUUAGGAGAGUGGCUUCCGAAACCUAACAAGUUGCCCAAAAACUAUGAUGCUAUGAGGUCAAUGCUUAAGGAUCUGGGGAUGAAAGCGAAGGCUAUUCAUGCUUGUGAGAAUCAUUGUAUUCUGUAUUACGAAGAGAAUGAGGAUUUAAUAGAGUGCCUGGUAUGCAAAACUGUGAGGUUUAAGUUGAAAGCUACCAAAGAUGGUCCUGUGUUGACAAAUGAACCUUGCAAAGUGCUGAGAUACUUUAAUUUAGACGAAAAACUAAAUAAAAUGAAUUAUAUACCUUGGAUAUCAGAAGAAAUGAUGUGGCACGAACGAGCGCAAGUUUCAUCUGAAUAUAUGUGCCAUCCAGUUGAUUCAUAUCAGUGGGCACAAAUGAAAAUGAAGUUUCCACCGUUUGCCGCGGAAGGAAGAAAUUUUUGGCUUGGAAUAUCAACAAAUGGGUUUAAUCCUCAUAGUGUACAUACUUUGAGUUGGAGUUGUUGGCCUGUGAUCCUUGUGGUUUAUAAUCUUCCGCCUUCUAUGUGUAUGAAUUAUGAAUUCCAAAUGAUGACUCUGUUGAUACCUGGGCGUAAGUAUCCGGGUCAAGACAUUGAUGUUUUUUUGCGGUUGCUGGUUAACAAGCUAAAAAACAUUUGGCAUCAAGGUGUACAAGCUUUUGAUUCUUUGAAAAGGGAGUAUUUUACUCUGAAAGCAACCCUGAUGUUUGGCAUUCAUGACUUUCCUGCUCAAGACGAAACUCGAAGUACUCAUCUAGGUUACGGCAGCAAGAUUGUGUACACUAACUAUCGUAUAUUCCAUAAAAAAAGGAACCCAUUUAGGGAUAAGACUCUUUUGGGAUUAGAGAUACAUGAGCAUAAAAGUGCACCAGUAAGACUAACAGGAGCGAAGUCGCUUGAGAAGUUGGCCGAUGUUCAUUACGAACCUGGUAAGUUAGUUGUCCGCAAGACAGGUAAACGAAAGAGAUAUCGGUCUGAUGAAGUGGAAGGUGAUUCUGAGCUUGUCACAGGUGCUUUAUUCAAGAAGUGUAUUCUUUGGGAACUUGAGUCGUAUUGUUCCUUGACUAUACGGAAUUGUGUCAACGUGAUGCACAGGGAAAAGAACUUCAUGGAACACAUUAUCUAUACUAUCUUUGAUAAGGAUAAUAAGGCUAUUGUUGCAUGGAACGAUCGUGACAAAUUGAAGGAGAAUAAACUACACUGUGGAGAGUGGAAAGAGAAGAAAACAAAGAAAGGAGUAGAGAUGGUUCCGCUGUUUGUUUUGAGCAAAAAAGAGAAAACCGAUUUUUGUGAGAUUCUUAAAGAUCUGAAAGUUCCCACAGGCUUUUCGUCGAAUAUAAGUAACAAUGUAAAUAUGGAGCAAUUGAACUUGAGCAGCUUGAAGUCACAUGACUACCAUGUGAUUAUGGGGUAUUUAUUACCUGUUCUGCUUCAACAUGCCUUUCCAAGAGAGAAAGACUUGGGUACUACGCUUCAACAAGUCAGUUUGUAUUUUAGAAUUUUGUGCUCAAAGGUGGUUAGCAGAGAAUAUCUGAACCAGGCUAAGUGGAUGAUUGCAGAGGCCAUAGACGUGAAACAUCCAGAUUGGUGGGUUGUUGAUCAUACGCCAAGAGUAAUGACUGCAGAUGUGGACAAAGUAGAGAUACCAGGUCGCGAUAGUUUUCAAGAUAUUUUAGAAGAGGAACUACAUCUGCGUAAAUUGCUGGAGCAAAAGCGUCUACCUAGAUCAAAAAAAUGA